UUUCAAUGGGAAAAUUCCACUUGCCAUAGGAGAGAUGCAAUCUUUGAAGACGCUGCAUGCGUAUAGAAACAAUCUUACUGGACCUAUACCUCAAAGCAUUGGUUAGCUAAAGAAUCUUAAUCAGCUUGUCUUCUACAACAAUAAACUUUCUGGUGGUAUUCCUCAGAGCAUUGGUGGGCUGAUUUCACUACAGUUAUUAGAUGUAUCUGAUAAUCAGCUAAUGGGAGAAAUUCCGCAAUCCGUAGGGAAGUGCAAUCAUCUAACUGAUCUGAUACUGUCAAAAAACCUUUUUUCCGGAAUAAUUCUAGUAACGCUGGGUAACUGUACAUCCCUAAAGAGGCUAAAGCUGUCCAAUAAUGCAUUCUAUGGGGAUCUAGAAAUUGAAUUUUCUUCUUCUAUGGAAGUUCUAUCUGCUCAUUCUAACAACUUUUCUGGAACCCUGCCUGCAUCGUUAGGCAAUUGCAAACAGCUUAAGCUUCUUGAUUUCAGCAACAACAGAUUGACAGGUGACUUUCCUUCAGGCUUGCUUGCUAAAAUUGUCUAGAAUUGAGAGUUAUAAGUCUUGGCUCAAAUGAGCUCAAGGGGAGUAUUCCUCUAUGCAUCAACAAUCUCAGCAGAUUGCAAGUGUUGGACUUAUCCGGUAACAAAUUUUAUGGAAAAAUUCCUUCUGCUCUGGAGGCCCUGCAGGGAUUUAAAAACCCUGAAAUUUCACAAGUGAAUGGUAGUACACUGUAUGAGGAUCUACCGAGCGUAACAAUGAAAGGAAAUGUAUAUUCACUAGUAUAUGUGCUAGCAACAAACACCAUACUUGAUCUUUCAAACAACAAUUUAAGUGGGGAAAUACCGGCAGGCAUCAGCAGUCUAUCUCAGAUGAGGUUGUUAAAUCUAAGUGGAAAUCAUCUGAAAGGUGGGAUACCGGCAUCUCUGGGAGAAAUAUCAACCUUGGAACAGUUAGACUUGUCUCGAAAUUAUUUGAGUGGGAAGAUACCCCAAGAACUAUCUAAAUUGUAUCUCUUGAGCUAUUUCAAUGUCUCUUUCAACAGUCUGUGUGGGCAAAUACUAGGAGGACCGCAGUUUGCAACUUUUGACACAAUAUUCUACCAGGGAAACCCACCAUGUUUGUGUGGCUACCCUCUUCCAAAGUGCAAAAAGGAUACGCUGGUUCCCCCACCACAACCACCACCAUAUGUGAGGAAGUCAGUGUGGAGCAUAGUAGAUGACCAUGUCCCAGUGGUUGCGGUGGGAUUGGGGUGGGGGAUUGGAUUUGGUGCAACAGUUUUACUCAUAAUAUGGUGGGAUACACUAUGGCGUUGUAUUAGGGCCCUCAAAAUCAGAGCUUUCUAUGGAGUUACGGGUUCCCAGACAUGUAGUUGGAGUUUGAACUACAGCCCUCAUUUUACAUUUCACUCAUCCACAUCAACGACCACUGUUGAUAACAGUCGAUCAGUAAAACAAGAUGUGCAUAUCUGAUUUCCCGCUAGCUUGUGGUUGCUGAACUGAUGGGAAGGACAUUUGAAUCCCCUGUAUUGACUUUAAUUUUCUGCUCAGGAGUACUAUGAUAUCUUCUAGUUUUAGUUUUA